UGAAUGUUCCAAACCGUACAUAAAUUAAACAACGUAAGAGGGGAGGAGGAGGGGGAGGAGGAGGAGCAUGUUACCUAGCUAGUGUCCUAUCCUGUAAAGUCCAGUGCUCAGAUAUCGAAAUCUUUGUCGCCCGCGCAACCUCAUCAUCUCUGACAGAUUCUGAGCUCAACUCUGACCAUAACAGUAACUCGAAAUUCUUUAGCAGGCCUGGCACAAAAGCAACUUUUCUUGGUAAAUAAGCAGUGAUGACAAGGCUAUUUACGUAAACUACAACCUGUUAUUCAUAUUCCCUCCAUCAUCAUCAUCAUCUGCCUCUCGGCUCAAAGACUGCUUUAAGAUUAUUGUUUUGUCUGAAAGGAAAAAAAAAUGGUGUCUGAGAACCUUCUUUCUUCUUCUAAGAGAUCACCUACUACUCCUAACUUCUGCAACUCCUUCACUACUCGUAUCUUUUCAGAUGUUGCAGGAGACAUUACAAUUGUUGUGGAUGGGGAGUCUUUUCUACUGCAUAAGUUUCCCCUUGUGUCUCGAAGUGGAAAGAUACGGAAAAUGGUUGCAGAUGCAAAGGACUCAAAUAUUUCGAAAUUGGAGCUCUGCAACUUACCCGGUGGGCCCCAUACAUUUGAACUUGCCAUGAAAUUCUGUUAUGGCAUGAACUUUGAGAUCACAACUGCAAAUGUUGCCCAUCUGCGCUGCGCUGCUGAAUACCUGGAAAUGACUGAAGACUACCGGGAAGAAAACCUCAUUGCCCGCACGGAGACUUAUCUGAAUGAAUUUGUGGUGCACAGUCUUGAAAGGUCUGUCGAAGUCCUUGCUACUUGUGAGCUGCUACCUCCCAUAGCAGAGGAAGUGGGAAUUCCAAACAGAUGUAUAGAGGCCAUUGCCAUCAAUGCUUGCAAGGAGCAGUUGGUGUCAGGCCUGUCCCAUUUAGAUUGCAAUAGUGAAUCCACAGAACUUAAGAGUAGCUGUCUAGAGUGGUGGGUCGAGGAUCUCUCGGUGCUAAGGAUUGAUUAUUACCAAAGAGUUAUCUGUGCCAUGCGAAGUGUAGGAGUCCGGCUAGAUAGCAUUGUUGCCUCUUUAAUGCAUUAUGCCCAGAUAUCAUUAAAGGGUAUUGGAAAAUCUCAGAUUUGGAAUCCAGCGAGGAUGAAAUCAAGUCCUAACAUGGAGGAAAAUGAUCAGAGUAUAAUUGUAGAAACUCUUGUAAGUCUAAUGCCAACAGAUAAGAGCUCUUCCAUUCCAUUGAAUUUUCUGUUCGGGAUGUUAAGGAUGGCCAUCAUGUUGGAUGCUGCUAUUGCAUGUAGGCUUGAGCUUGAAAGACGAAUAGCUUUUAGGUUGGAAAUGGUUUCACUUGAUGAUCUUCUUAUACCAUCUGUCCGGAGUGGGGAUUCAUUAUUUGAUGUCGAUACUGUCCAUCGGAUACUAGUAAAUUUUCUGCAGCGUGUUGAAGAAGAAGAAAAUGAAGAUUGUGGGUAUGAAUCUGAAGGCAUUGGAUCUCCUGGCCAUGGUUCGUUAUUGAAAGUUGGAAGGCUUAUCGAUUCAUAUCUCGCAGAAACUGCUCCUGAUCCAUAUUUGAGUUUGCAGAAAUUCACUGCCAUGAUUGAGAUACUCCCUGAUUAUGCUCGAGUGAUUGAUGAUGGGCUUUAUCGAGCAAUUGACAUAUAUUUGAAGGCUCAUCCAUUGCUAUCUGAGCAUGAAUGUAAGAAGCUUUGCAAGUUGAUAGACUGCCAAAAGCUAUCACAAGAAGCGUGCAAUCAUGCUGCACAGAAUGAUCGUCUUCCAGUGCAGAUGACAGUUCAAGUUCUCUACUCUGAGCAGCUACGUUUAAAGAAUGCCUUGUCUGGAAGCUCAGGAGACGGGUUCCUAUCACAGAGAAUCAGCAGUGGCAUACCCAGCGCAGCGAUGUCGCCUCGAGAUAAUUAUGCUUCUUUGCGGAGGGAAAACCGAGAACUAAAGCUUGAGAUAUCAAGAAUGCGGGUGAGACUGAGUGAGUUGGAGAAGGAGCAGAUGUACAUGAAACAAGGGAUGAUUGACAAGUCAGGAAAUGGAAAAACUUUCUUCACCUCACUAUCGAAGGGAAUCGGAAGGAUUGGCAUUUUUAGCGGCCCAGGAGGAGGGAGGCACCAAAAAUCUGGUAGAAAGCCUCGCGGGCCAGAGGGGAAAACUGGCAGGAGUCGCCGGCAUUCCAUGUCCUAGCUUCCGUGUAUUUUGCAGUCUGUAUUUUCAAGGAAUCACAAUGGUUCUUGAUGUAUAUGAAUUCACGAUUUUGGAGAAAAUAUUAAAUUUUAUUCCAUCUGAUA